AUGGAGGAACUUAAUCAGACCAUGGGUCUAUCCGUCCUUAACCCGACACCCGCGAUUCUUCCUGGCCCAACUCUAUUGCACGACCUCGUCAGGAAAUCGACCAAUCAGGAUGGACCUGCCAUCGACUUCCUCGCAGAGGAUCAACAACGACUCGCCUUGUCGUAUGCCAGUCUCGACCUCUUAUCAGAUCGGCUCGCAGAACGUAUAUCACAGUCCCUACAAGCAUCACCAGCCCAGCAUGUCACGGAGCAGCUCAUUAUUCCCCUCAUGAUACCCCAGAGCCCUGAUCUCUAUGUUGCACUCCUAGCAAUUCUCAAAUCAGGCGCAGCUUUCUGCCCUAUAAAUCUCGAUGCUCCUGCAGACCGUGUCAGUUUCAUCUUCAAAGACGUACAAGCCAGUCUUGUUCUCACUACAUCGAGACUUGCGCAUCGUAUACCAGCUGCGACCACUAGAACGACUGUCAUUUGUGUUGACCAAGAGCCCAGCUCUUUACUGGUGAACCCCGAGCAUGUUGCGCCAGACCGUAUUCGUGCGCGGGAGUGCACACCGCAUGAUUUGGCGUACGUGAUGUAUACGUCUGGCUCGACAGGGACACCCAAGGGCGUUGGCAUCUCGCAUUUGGCAGCAACCCAAAGUUUGUUGGCUCACGAUCGUCACAUACCCGCUUUCUCUCGUUUUCUUCAAUUCGCCGCCCCAACUUUUGAUGUUUCUGUCUUUGAGAUUUUCUUCCCUCUUUUUAGGGGAGAGACUUUAGUAUGUUGUAAUCGGACAGACCUGCUGUCGGACCUCUCCGGCAUCAUCAACAAGCUCGAUGUCGAUGCCUGCGAGUUGACACCUUCCGUCGCUGGCAGUCUUGUGAAAAAGAGGCACCGCGUCCCCAAGUUGAAGUUAAUGCUUACCAUUGGCGAAAUGCUUACGGAGCCGGUGGUACAAGAAUUUGGUGGCGAUGCACACGCCCCAGGCAUCCUUUGGGGCAUGUAUGGUCCAACAGAAGCAGCAAUUCAUUGCACAUUACAGCCUGCGUUUGGGCGAAACGCAUCGCCUAGUUGCAUUGGUAUACCACUUGAUACUGUAUCCGCUUUUGUGAUCACAGCGCCGGCCAAUCAGGCCGAGACUUUGCCUUUUGAGAUUGCCCCAAUUGGUCAGGUUGGAGAACUCGUCGUUGGCGGACACCAGUUAGCCACGGGAUAUCUGAAUCGGCCAGAACAGAAUGCCGCCUCCUUCAUCGAUACCGAGUUUGGUCGCGUGUACAAAACCGGUGACAAGGCACGAAUACUUCCUGAUGGUACCAUUGAGUGUUUAGGUCGCGUGUCCGAGGGCCAGAUCAAGCUCAAUGGUCAACGAAUGGAAAUUGGUGAAGUUGAGCACGCAAUACUACGCACUCAUGGCUGUCACAGCGCCUAUGUUUGCGUCAUUUCAAACGUACUUGUUGCUUUUGCUGCCGUUGAUGAAGUAUCCGGUAUGCGCGAUGAGAUCAUUGCGAACUGCAAGCGAUGGCUGCCAGCCUUUAUGAUACCAUCUGAGAUUGUGGUCAUGGAGUCAUUCCCGCGACUACCAUCUGGAAAGAUUGACCGAAUGCGGCUCAAGCAGGAUUUCUCACGCUCGCAAGUUGACCAGUCCUUGCCCAGAGAGGAACAGCAAUUCAAGGAUGACCUUGAAAGGCUGCUGUGUAUCUCUACUAGCGAUAUGCUCGACACAUCAGUACAGUUAUCAACUCGAUUGUCGUCUGUCGGCGUCGAUUCGCUUUUAGCAAUUCAACUAGCAGCACAACUGAGAGAUUCGGGCAUCUCUGUGAGCCCGCUGGAUAUACUCAGUUCCGCGAACUUGGCUGAUCUACAUCAAACAAUUAAGAAACGUGAAAGCGAGCCGAGGGAAUCGCAAGCCACCACAAAUGGGCAUCGCGAAGUCGACGACAUUGAUUUAAGUGCUUUAUUGGCCUCGGAUGACACAUACUCGGCCAAGUCGCUGGACAUGGAAAUGAUCACUGAUUGCACAUCCCUGCAAGUAUCGAUGUUGGUUGAGACAAUCAAGGAUCCAAAGCUAUAUGUCAACACUGUCGAUAUUGCUGUGCCUCGGAACACCUCAUAUGAAACGAUUAAAUCGUGGUUCAUAGAUAUCGCACAAAAGAACGAAAUCCUACGAUCAGGCUUCAUUCACCUCCACGAUCGCAUGGUUCGCGUAGUUUGGAAACAGCUCACACAAUCUCAGAUUUGCAGGACUGGAAAUAUCUGUGCAACCGAAUCUCCCGAUAUUGAUCAUUUCCUUGAGCACCCUCUACAGAUCAUCGUCGACGAGGAGUCCGCGAGCGUCAAAAUCAUUCUGCAUCAUGCUAUAUAUGAUGGCUGGACCAUCGAUGUACUUAUUGAUGAUUUGACCUCGCUGGUUGACGGUCAAACAUUGCCCGAUAGACCAUCAUUUCGAAGCGUUGCUCAUCAACUGGCUUCGAAACUGCCGCAGAAUGACUCGGACAAAGAGUUCUGGGCCGAGCACUUGCGAAACAGCGUGGGAGCUUCCUUACCAAAUUUCAAGACGAUGGCAGUUCCAAAUCCCGAGGUUGAUUCCCAUAGACAUAUGCUUCAAAUCGACCCGAGAGUGGUGCAAAGUAUUGCACUUCAAUCAGAAGUCACACCACAAGCAAUCUUUCAGUCUAGCCUUCUAUGGUUUUGGGGUGCCAUUACUGGCGCUGAUGAUGUGAAUAUAGGGUCAGUGUUCUCAGGUAGGACUUUACCCGUUGAUGGAAUCGAGCGUGUCAUGGGACCAUGCCUUAGCACACUGCCCAUUAGAGCACGACUCGCCGAAGGUAGCAACAUUCUGGAUCUGGUACGCAGCACACAUACCACAAACCGGCAAAUCAUGCACCAGAACCCAAUCAGCCUCGCAGAUAUCAAGAAGCUCGCAAAGCUGCCACAGGGCAGUACGCUCUUCGAUGUGCUCUUUGUGUACCAAGAAUCCUUGUCAAGUCGGAGGAGGAAGCGAAAUUCAAUCUAUGAGAUCAAUCACAAAGACCAUGUGGAAUCUCCGCUCCUUCUUGAGAUUGAGCCUCUUGCCGAAAGCUAUCGGUGCAAAUGGACGUUUCACUCAGAUGCGUUCUCCAUGGAUCAGGUUCAGUCCUUUGCGCAACUCUUCUCGCAUCUGUGUACCUAUUUCACUCACCAAAUACACGCAUCCCUCGACUCAAUUCUAUCGUCAUUCCCAUCAAGUAACUUGUCAAUCUGUGCAUCGGAUAUCAAGGAACUGGAAAUCUGCUCUAGUUUGCCUGAAGUCGUUGAAAUGACAGCGGAGUCCAAGCCGCAAGCUGUUGCUCUUUCUUUCGCUAGCAUGAUUAGCGAAGAAGCCGCCCAAACGGAGGAGCUCACCUAUGAGCAACUAAAUCAGAGAGCCAACCAAGUUGCAAGGUAUUUGGUAUCCUUGGGAGCCAUGCCUGGUGGCAUAAUUGCCAUUGUUAUGGAGAAGUCGCCUUUAUUGUAUUGUGCCAUUCUUGGUAUCCUUAAAACUGGCUGUGCUUAUCUUCCCCUUCUACCUUCAACGCCCCAGACAAGGAUACAAAUGAUAUUGGAUAGUUCGCGACCACAAAUGUGUCUUGUUGAGGAUACUUUGCCGUUUGAUAGGUACUCUGUACCUUGUACUCUCGUCGGUUUGCGAGACCAUUCCUUCAAGCAGUUUCCUCUCGCCAACCUAGACAUUCCUCAGAAAGGAUCACAACUCGCCUACGUCAUCUUCACGAGCGGGACGACCGGAACACCAAAAGGUGUUUCUGUAACCAACAAGAAUAUGCUGAGCAACAUCAAAGCUUUGGAAAACAUCUACCCGGUGGAAACUGGGGCUAGUAUGCUACAAGCUUGCUCGCAGGCUUUCGACGUGUCGGUUUUUGAGAUCUUCUUCGCUUGGGCAAAUGGCAUGCGUCUUUGCGCAGCUACAAACGAUACCUUAUUUGCGGACCUGGAAAUGUCCAUCAGAGCAUUCAAUGCUACUCAUCUCAGUAUGACUGUCACGGUCGCAUCUCUGAUAAACCCGUCAAGAGUACCCUGCGUCAAAUUUCUGGUGACUUCUGGCGAACCAAUGACGGACGAGGUUCUCGAGAAGUGGAACAGCGUUCUGUAUCAAGGAUAUGGUCCCUCGGAAACUACCAAUAUUUGCACCGUGCGAAAGGUAUACCCAGGUGAUUCGUCUCAAUACCUGGGCUCAGCACUCGAGAACACAUCAUCAUUUGUUUUUCACCCUAGUUCAAAUCACGUCCUACCCCUCGGGUGUAUAGGAGAACUGUGCUUUGGUGGUGAUCAGGUCGCCGCCGGCUACUUGAACAUGCCGGAGACGACAGCGGCCAAGUUUUUUGAGCACCCUCAAUAUGGCAAACUGUAUCGUUCAGGCGACAAGGGCAGGAUGCUGUCCGACGGCUCGCUCAUCAUUCUGGGAAGGCUCGAUUCUCAGGUCAAAUUGAGAGGCCAACGAAUUGAAUUGCGCGAGAUUCAAGCUGUCGCACUCGAUUCAGGCGUGGCGCGAGCAUGUUCAUGCGUGCUGCUACGUCAAGAUGCACAAAACUCACAGCAAUUGGUCUUAUUUUAUGUACCAAGCUCGGAAGAUGCCACGGAAUUCAAUGUCUUGCAUCUGAAGGCACCAAGGAAAGAAGAGAUCCGAAAGUUGUUCCAGGUCCUUCAAGAUGUUCUGCCUGCUUACAUGAUUCCUUCCUUUAUCGUACCGAUAUCUUGCCUGCCAUUGACUUCUUCUGGAAAAACAAAUACAGAUCGUCUCCGCGAGAGUGCUGCUACUUUGUCUCCUAAUAUUUUGAACCAGUAUAGCACGGUAUUGGAGAAUGCGGAAGAAAACUCGGAAUGGACAACAGCCGAAGAGCACAUACUAGACGCACUGGCAACCACUCUGGGUGUGGAAAAGAGAACCGUCAGUCGAUGGACUUCAUUCGCCACGCUUGGCCUUGACUCAAUAUCAGCAAUGCCUUUAUCAAGGCGAUUACAAUUGGCUUUUGGCUGCAGAGUCCCCAUCUCCCAGAUUCUCCAAAACCCCAGCAUAGGUCGCCUUGCAAAGGCAAUCACAUCAUCAAAGGCAAGACCAGUCCAAAAUGGAAUCCAAUCAACACGUCCGCUUGAUUUACUGCCAGACGAGAUCAUUAAUUUCAUCAUGAGGCGUCUUGAAGAUGAAACUCAAACAAUCGAGAAAAUUCUUCCGUGUACACCGCUACAAGCUUCCAUGCUUGCUUCUACGAUUUCAUCGACUGAUCCUUUCAGAUAUCGAAAUCAAAUGAUCUUUCGAAUUCAUGGCGAUGGACAAGAUCUCAUGUCGUAUUGGCAACGGAUGCGCUUUCGCCACGAUAUUCUUAGAACAUGUUUUGUUUCUACAGAUGACGCUCUCCAUCCUGUGAUUCAGCUUGUCUUGAAACCUACAAAGUUUCUUUGUAAACAGCUUCUUGGACCAGACUUAGAGGGGUGUGCUGCAGAACAUCUGGAGUCAUUGCAGAGCCCGCUAGACUCUCUUGAACCUCCAAUUUCUCUCGCUUUGAUCACCACCUCGGAACGGCAACGUUACCUCUCUUUCGUCUGUCAUCACGCGUUAUAUGAUGGCGUUGCCAUAAGAACGCUGCUCUCCGAGAUCGAAAGACUUGCACGAGGGGAGGCUUUACCCGCAACGCCACCGUUUAGUGAUUUCCUACGUGAAGCGCUUACUCUCCCCAAGGAUACUGAUGAUUUUUGGGGCCAAUUUCUCAAGGACUUCACCCCGCGUCAUCUGCCACAUGGCCUAACCAUCAACGGAGUCAAUGGUACAAAUGGAGUUCAUGGCCUCCAAAAGCCAGGCUACUCUAUGCCACUUUCCUCAGUUCAGACCAAGCUUCGAGAUACCGGUGUUUCUCUAUUGUCACUUUGCCAGGCAGCAUGGUCGGAAACAUUGUCCUUGGUGUUGAAGUCACCAGAUGUAUGUUUCGGCAAUGUGUUUAGUGGUCGCUCAGUGUCUGUUGAUAACGUUGACGAGCUCGUGGCGCCGUGCUUCAAUACUAUCCCGUUGAGACUCAAAUUACUCGAAUCCAGUUCUCACCGAGACCUCAUGAAGACAUGCCAGAAGCUAAAUGCGACAAUGCUGCAGUACCAAUUUACACCACUCCGGCGAAUACGAUCCAAAAUCCGUGUCGAUGAGGCGCGACUUUUCGACUCACUGCUCUUGUUGCAGCCUCCAACAACGGCAUUGGAUCAAAGCUUGUGGAUUCUUGAGCGUGAUGUUGGGACCAUGGAUGUCCCAAUUGUGUGCGAAAUAACACCAGACAUGGAGCUCGACGAGUUACGCAUUACUGUGCACAGAGAUAGCGGUAUAAUCUCUUCUUCACUCGGAAGCUUAUUGAACGAGGUAUUUGUUCAAGCGCUGAACGAUUGUGUCAAUCAUCCAUCAUCAACGCUUAGUCUUGCACAAAAGCUGCCUGCCCAUCUUCAAUCUCAGAUCGAGGAAAUUCCAUCAGUCGGAUCCUCGGACAGUACUUUGGUCAAUGGGCACGAUAACAUUUCUGCCGACGAUCAGUGGAGUGAGCAUGAAUUACAAAUCCGGCGCAUUAUCGGAAAGCUCGCCAAGAUUCCGCGCGAGAAAAUCUCCAAAAAUACGUCAAUAUAUCGUCUUGGCCUUGACAGCAUAAGCGCAAUCCAGGCGGCUACGCUGCUUCGUCGCGAAGGUUUGCAAGUUUCACCAGUGGAUAUCCUCGAACAUCCUACCUGUACCGGUAUUGCGUCACAUAUCAAGGCCAUGAGCGCGACCACCUCCCCCCUUGAAAGUCGUUAUGAUCUCUCUGCAUUUCAAAGAUCAGUUCAAGAGCAAGUGGACGAUGCCAGACUGACUUCAAAAAUCAAAACUGUGCUACCGUGCACGCCACUGCAGCAGGGAAUGCUGUCACAAUUCAUACUCUCUGAAGGCGCCAAUUAUUACAACUUUGUGACUUGGGAUAUCCCACUGACUGUCAACUGCGAUGCUUUGGCUCACGCUUGGACUGUACUGAAAAACAGGCACCAAAUCUUGCGCGCUGGCUUCGUAUCCAUCAGCCAUUCAGAUGUGUCAUUUGCAAUGGUUGUCUAUGAUGCCAAGUCAGUGUGCGCACCUGUCAGUUGUGUCAAGGAGACAAACUUUGCCAAUUUUGAUGUUCAAGAAUGGCGGCACGACUGCAUCGAGAGCUCACUCCGUGAUAUGUCUCGGCCCCCUUGGCAAGCGGUUUUGCAGGUACAUGACGACAUCAUCUCAAUGCAUCUGGGCAUGCAUCAUGCGCUAUACGAUGCUUCGUCCUUGCAACAGAUGAUUGAGGAGCUUUUCUUGGUCUUGAAAAAUGAAAGACUGGACCCUGUCAGGUCGAUCGAGCAGGCAGUGAAGACCAUCGUGGGAGCCAACAUUGAUGAUCAAGCAUCCAAAGCGUUCUGGAAAGAAAUUGCCAUCAAUAUGGUUGUUAACCCAUUCCCCACAAUGACGCCCCUUCGCGUCGAAGUUCCCGAGAGAUGGAGAAUGACACAAACAUUGAGCAUUACGCUCGGAAUGGCUCGUGCAACUGCAGCCGCGGCCGGCAUCACAAUCCAAGCAGCUCUCCAAUCAGCCUGGACAAGGGUCUUGGCGGCAUACCAAGGCGAAACUGCAGUCACCUUUGGCGUUGUGCUUUCUGGGCGUACAUUGGAAAAUUUGGCCAAUUCCAUAUUCCCCUGCAUCGUGACAUUGCCAGUUGUUGCUCAAAAUGCCAAAUCCAACGACGAGCUCCUAAAGUCAAUGAUGGUAUAUAACGCAGGUCUGAGACGGCACGAGUACACUUCACUGAGUCAGAUACAAAAGUGGACUGGACACGCUGAUUCUGCAAUCUUUGACACGAUUUUGGUCUACCAACAAGCUCCCAACAAUUCCAGCGUCAGUCGCGAAUGGCGAGUCGCUCAUGAAACGGCUACUGUCGACUACCUCGUCUCAUUGGAGGUGGAAGAGACGCAGACCGAUGGCCUGCAGAUCAGCCUUGAUUUUCGCAGCGAUGUCUUGCCGACUGAACAGUCCGCCUUGUUGCUGGCUCAGUUCGAAGCAAAUUUUAUCCAUUUGCUUCAAGAACCAAAGGGUGACGCGGACGGCAUGACAUUGAAAUAUCCCGACUUGUAUUCUGUUCUUCCCCCAGACCAUACGGAGCUUCCUUCUGAAGCGAUUUUGCUGCAUGACUUUGUUGAGAUCACGGCGGAUCGGAUACCUGAUCACCUGGCACUCGAAUAUGUUCACGAGCUCAACGGUGGUAUCAAGAGCCGCAAGUGGACAUAUCGUCAGUUGGAUGAUUAUGGUUCAAGGGUUGCUAAUUUUCUCAUCGACAAUGGUGUCACUCCUGGUGGAAUCGUCGCCGUAUGCUUUGACAAGUGCCCCGAAGCAUAUUUCAGCAUACUCGGAAUUCUCAAAACGGGUUGCGCAUUCGUCGCUCUUGAUCCCGGCGCACCAGCUACGCGCCAUCAAUUCAUUCUGGAAGACUCCAAAGCAUUUGCGCUCAUGGUUCAAAAAGACUAUGCGCCAGAAGUUCUGUCUUCAUCACCAUGUCCUGUCCUAGAGGUCGAUCUUUUGAAGCUCGAGUCUUUCUCUCCUUUGUCGCCACGAGUUCAAAUUUCUCCUGAAGAUGCUUGUUACUGUUUGUAUACAAGUGGUACAACAGGCACCCCAAAAGGCUGCCUCAUCACUCACGAUAACGCCGUUCAGGCGAUGCUCGCCUUUCAGCAGUUGUUCUCGGGACACUGGGAUCAUGACUCAAGAUGGCUCCAAUUUGCUUCCUUCCACUUUGACGUCUCAGUCUUGGAACAGUACUGGUCUUGGUCGGUUGGGAUACCUGUGGUGUCUGCACCGCGCGAUCUCAUAUUGAGCGACCUGAUUUCUACAAUCUCAAAGCUUGAAAUCACGCAUAUUGAUCUCACCCCAAGUUUGGCUCGUCUAGUACAUCCAGAUGACGUGCCAAGCCUGUGUAAAGGAGUCUUUAUCACCGGCGGCGAGCAGUUGCGACAGGAUAUACUUGACGUCUGGGGAUCCAAAGCGGUCAUAUAUAACGCUUAUGGGCCAACGGAAGCGACAAUUGGCGUUACCAUGUACUGUAGGGUCCCUCAGAACGGCCGAUCCAGCAAUAUUGGAAAGCAAUUUCCCAAUGUGGGUUCAUUCGUUCUUCAGCCAGGCUCGGACGUACCUGUAGCUAGAGGAGGAGUUGGCGAGCUUUGCGUCUCUGGUAAGCUGGUUGGUAAAGGCUACCUGAACCGGCCCGAGCUCACCGCCGAGCGAUUCCCAACACUUGAGCGCUUUGCAGAGAGGGUCUAUCGAACAGGCGACUUGGUUCGUGUUUUGCACGAUGGCUGUUUCGACUUUCUUGGUCGCGCUGACGACCAAGUCAAACUUCGUGGUCAGAGAUUGGAGAUUGGUGAGAUCAAUCAUACCAUCAAAGCAGGCGUACCGCAGGUGAAGGAUGUUGCAACGCUGGUCACCAAGCAUCGUGACCAGGACAGAGAUGUCAUGGUGUCGUUUAUUGUGACACAAGAUGACAAGAAUCACGACAAAGAGUUGUCCAUCAUCUCAGAUCCUUCUUGCCUGCGCUUAUGUGCUGAUGCACAAAAUGCCUGUCGCGCAAAAUUGCCUGGCUACAUGGUGCCCACCUUCGUGCUCUGUGUGCCCUAUAUUCCGUUGUCUGCAAACAACAAAGCGCAAACAAGUAUUCUCAAGCAAAUCUUCAAUGGAAUUUCAGCCGAGGAAUUGAGAGAAAUCUCUAGCGGGUCAAAGAGCACAAGUACACGCCUCGAAGCUUUGAACUCUCAGUUUGCACAUGUGGUUGCAAAAGUUACAAGAGCAAAGUUCGAAGAGAUUCGUGCACAAGACACCAUCUUCGAUCUCGGUGUCGACUCUAUCUCUGUCAUAGAGCUUGCUAGGCAGCUACAAGCGGCUGGGUUUUCGGGGGCCGCCCCAUCAACCAUCCUGAAGAACCCACAGCUUGGGCAUCUCGUCACAGUGUUGCAAGAUAAUUCUCCGUCUCUUGAGGACAGUCAAGUCAUUCGCGUGAAACAAAACAUAUCAGCUUGCUAUCACAAGCAUCUUGGUACGGCAUGCAGCAAACUUCAGACCACAAAAGCCAACAUUGAGUAUAUUGCGCCUUGCACAGCUCUACAGGAAGGAAUGCUCAGUCGUGCCUUGGCCUCGGAAAGUCAAUCAACCUACUUCAACACAUUUCAGAUCAGACUUGGCCCUGAUGCCUCAAUCGCUCGGAUGCGAGUUGCGUGGGACAAGGUGAUGGCAGAUAACGCUAUUCUGCGGACCACUUUCCUUCAGACAGUCGACGGUUACAUACAGGUCGCUUUGAAGAAGCCCCAAACCAACUUCUAUGAAGCCACUGUGGCAGCAGUUGAUAUCGACUCUUAUCUAAACGGAAAAUUUGACGCUUGGACAAGUUCCAAUAAAUCAGAGAUCAACAGAGCUCUUGAGGUGGAAUUCGUUCACCUUGAAGAUCAGUCUGUUCUCUCUGUGCGCAUUUUCCAUGGUAUCUACGAUGCUCGCAGUUUUGAUCUCGUCCUAGAUCAUAUGAAAGCACUCUACUACAAUGAAGAGCCCCUAUCUGGCCCAGCUUUUAUUGAAGUAUUGCCCCAUGGCCCGCUAUGCGACUAUAGCUCCUCCAAAACAUUCUGGGACGGCCUUUUUGCUGACUUUAGUCUCACUCCGACGCCAUGUUUUGCUCCAUCAAAUCAGGACAAAGAUACUGUUGUAUCUCGAACCUUUGACAUCGAGGUCUUGGAGGCGAGGAGACUGGAGAACGGCGUGACACAGCAAACAAUCGUUCAGGCGGCUUGGCUGUCGGUAUUGGCUCGCCACCUACAUACAUGGCCUUCUCAAGGAGUCAUCGUAUCUGGACGCUCCUUGAUGCUGGAAAAUAUUGAAAACACCAUCGGGCCUCUAUUCAACACAUUGCCAUUCCGAGUGAGGGCUGAAUCCGUCAAUGACUGGACUUCAUUGAUCCGGGAGACACACUCCUUCAACUCAUCUGCUCUCUCAUUUGCACAUGUUCCAUUGCGCCAAGUUCAGAAGUGGUGUUCUAAGGGUCAAUCCUUGUUUGAUAAUCUCUUCACAUUCGAUCGAGAGAGUAAGACCAAACAUGACGAGCACUCUCAAUUAUGGGAUUCUAUCAGUUCGGCAUCAUCCGCGGACUACCCUCUCGCCUUUGAGGGCAUUGUGACUGACGGGAACAAAUUGAAGACAACACUCGUUGCACAGCCAAGCAUUGCCGAUGAAGCCGCACUUAAUUCCUUGCUCGAUCAAUUCCAACGUGCGAUCAAGGGAAUUGUAGAGAAUGAAGACUUCCCCGACAUUGCCACGAUUAGUGGCACGGCAAUCAACGGAAGUGGAACAAUAGGCCAUCAAGACACGAAGCUUGAUCUCAGUACAAGUGAAGAUUUUGUGUGGAACAAGCAGGCACGCAUGAUCCAAAGAGAGAUCGUUGCGUUAUCUGGCCUUCCGGCAGACAAUGUCACUGAAGAUACGACCCUGUUUGAGCUAGGGCUUGAUAGCAUCGAUGUUGUCAAGCUUGUCACUCGGCUGCGAUCUGCCGGAUUCAGCAUCUUGACCAGCCAAAUCAUGAAGACCCCAAGUAUCCGAGGAAUCAUUUAUUCUGAUGUCACCGACUUCGAUACAUACAAUGACGCUUCUUUGUCCUUGGAAAGUUUGAGGGCCGAGGAAAUGCUUCUAUCAAACUACGUCAAGGACACUGGUUUAGGUUUUGACAACAUUGAAACUUUCCUACCUCCAACCCCAUUACAAGAUUCUAUGGUAGCGGAGAUGAUCCUGUCUGACUUCCAGAGAUACUUCAAUCACGAUGUCCUCGAAAUAUCUUCCAAUGUGAGCAUGGAAGCUCUCAUCACAGCGAUCAGAACAGUCAUUGGGAACUCGCCCAUACUACGGACAAGUUUUGUUGAGCUGGAAGACCCAAAAUUUAACUACACUUACUGCCAAGUCAUUGCGAAGAACAUUGAUCCAUUCAAGACCUCAGUGAACCUCAAAAGUCUGGACGAGAUCGAUGGGGUUUUGGAGGACAUUCGCUCAACAGCCAUCAAGUCAAGGGGACAGUCUCAACUGCUUCAGCUCACACCUGUUAUCGUUGCUGAUCGUCAAUAUCUGAUCAUUUCUAUCGCGCAUGCUUUAUAUGACGGAACGUCUCUUGAUCUUUUCCACCAAGACGUUAAAGCAGCGUGGGAAGGUGUUUUUGAGGCUCGGCGCGACACCACACCGGUCUUGGCUCAGAUCCUGGCUAGUACAUCGGACACAGCGGAGCAAUUCUGGUCGCAAUAUCUCAGCGACGCCCGUAGUACACUGCUUGUUCCCACUGUGAAGCAGAUGGAAGAUACUGUCACUUCUAUCCAUCGAGCCGAAACAGUCUCAGCCAUCUCGAUACAGGAUAUCAAAGCAUUUUGCAUGCGUCAGCGGAUAACUAUGCAGACCUUGGGACAAGCUUGCUGGGCGGCAGUACUUGGAACUUUGUCUCAGUCCCUGAAUGUCACCUUUGGUGUUGUUCUUUCUGGUCGAACCAGCGGAGAGGAACAAGAGUUGAUGUUCCCGACAAUGAACACUGUGGCAGUCCGGGCCGUUUUGCACGGAACUGUGACAGAGUAUCUGCAAUACAUGUGGGGAAACAUGACAAGAAUCAAUGAGUUCCAGUACUUUCCGCUUAGAAAAGCGCAGAAGCUUGCAGCAAGUGGCGGUGGUCCACUUUUCAACACCUUGUUCACGAUGCAGGCUCGCAUGGAAACAGCUGGUGACGAGUCGUCUGUGUGGCAAUCUGUUCAGUCCUCGUCGGAAGUUGACUACCCCGUUUGCGUCGAAAUGGAAGUGGUGAAUGACGACUUGGUGUGGAGGAUUGCUUGUGAUCAACAAUACGUAUCCAAGGAUGGAGCGCAAAACAUUCUGGACCACCUUGGUGAUGUUCUUGUGUACUUUAUCCAGAACGAGCAAAACCAGCUCAUUGAUCUGGUUUCAAGCAACAAGACAUUCUCCAUUGGUGGGUUGCCGCCAGUCCAUUACGCAAAGGAACAGCCUAAGAAUGCAAACGAAUCAAACGGUCAAACUGAAGAUUCUGGAUUUCAGUGGAUUGAAGAGAAUCCUGAAAUACUUGACGUUCUUGCCGAAGUAUCUGGCCUUGAUCGAGCAUCAAUAACGCCCAACCUUUCAAUUUACCACCUGGGCUUGGAUUCGAUCAGUGCAAUUAGAGCAAGCUCGCUUCUGCGGAAGCGCGGCUUGGCCGUCUCUGUCCGUGAUAUGGUCAAGGCAGCUGCCAUUAGAGACAUUGUGCCGAGAGACAUUGGAUCAGGGCCCCCUCAGAAGGCUCAUAUUGCCCCAGGAAGUGAGGUAUCUAGCCUCUUGGCCAGCUUCGACAUCAAUGAACUCGUCUCUCGAGCUGGCCUAGAUCCAGGAUCUGUGGAGAGAGUCAUGCCAGCUCUGCCGAUGCAAGUCCACAUGCUCAGCAUAUGGGAAAACAGCCAGGGCAAGCUUUAUUUCUACGAUUUCUCCUACGAGGUACUAGGUGACAUCUCUCGGGAACAGAUUAUGUCUGCCUGGCAUUCCUUGGUGGAAGAGCUUUCCAUACUCAGAACCUAUUUUGCUGCGACAGAUUCCACGGAAAUUCCAUUUGUCCAGAUGAUAGCCAAGCCUGGCUCACAACUACCGCGGGCAAUGGACUCUGCGGAUUCCAUCAGCACACAGGGCAUUUGGCUGGAAGCCAAUCCAUUCGUCUGUCUUCAUGUAGCAAAAGAAACAGAGGAGUCUCUUUUCAAGCUCACGCUGAAAAUCCACCAUGCACUCUACGACGGUGUGAGUUUGCCAUCCAUAAUCAACCGAUUCGCUGCGCUGUGCCACGCGAAGGAGUCGUCUCUUCAAGGCCUCUCGGCCUUGUGGAACGCUUUUGUCUAUUCCCACUACGACAAAGAGUUGCGAUUACAGAGACAAAGCUUUUGGCGCGAAUACCUAAAAGGCGCAGCCGCUCCUAGUCGUCACGCAAUCGCACUCGACCUGGAUAGCCGGACUGCUGUCUACCGUCCUGGCGCGCUGGACGACUUGACGAAGAUCAAGGCAACAGCUCUGGAGCUCGGUAUCAGUGUGCAAGCAUUAUUCUUCGCAUCGUACGCCAAGUACCAGUCCAGGUCCAACGACACCGAGGCACUCGUUUUGCACGAUAUCAUUUUUGGCGUUUACCUGGCCAACAGGACAGCUUUCGAUGACAAGCUACAAGAUGCGUCUUACCCCACGCUCAGUAUAGUGCCCCUGAGGAUCCGAUUCCAGCAAGAUGAGUCAAUCGCGGCAAUAGCCCGGAGAGUUCAGGACGAUCUCGCCAGAAUCAGUUCACAUGAAAAUGCAUCUGUUGGAUUGUGGGAGAUUGCCGAGUGGACUGGUGUCAAGCUCACAGCCUUUGUCAAUUUCCUCAGCUUGCCGUCUCAUUUCGAUGGAGAGGGGCAAGCCAAUGGACUGCAAAUCAGAGAGGUCACCCCUUCUGUGCAUCCCGAGUAUGAGCGGAAUGCGGCUGAGGCGCUCAGGCUUGCCAGCCUCGACGAUGCGUGGUUAGUGGACAACCAAGUCAAGAAUGCGUAUAUUAAAGCGGUUGAUGUCGAAGCGGCGAUCCGUGGCAAUGGUUUGGAUAUUGGCGUUUUUGGGUCUUCAUCGCUUGUUCGUGAGAACCAAGCCUCAGAUUUGAUUGAUUUCGUUGUUGGAUUGUUGCGAGACGUUUAG